GAAAUAAAUUUGUAUAAAUUUAUAUCUAUAAGAUACAGGACAUCUAUAAGAUACAUUAUAAGAAACAGGAUUUGUCGUUUAUUUUUAAGUUGUUAUUCUUAUCCUGAUUCGUUAAUUGGCAACUGGUUGCAAUUGCGAAAUGAAUGAAUUAUAACCAUAAACGUUAUACAAUUGCACUUACGAUGACAGCUCAAUAUUCGAGUCUUAUUUUAGCAAAAUUUCAUCCUAUACAAUUCUACACUGUUAUAUUGCAUUGCUAAUCCUUAAAUCGUCAUUCCUGUCCUUACUUUUCACGCAAAAACGAGAAAUACACGUCAAGGAUACGCAAAGAUUACGAGCAGGAAUCGUGAGACCAUACAAAAAGGCAUCGACGUAUCCUAUCCUCUCGCAUUCUCGACAUCCUUCGAUAUCGAUUCUUGCGAUUUGUGAUAACCGCUUUUCCCGCGAAAAUUAUGACGGACGAGUCGUUAAGUCGUUUAGUGUCAAAAACAAUUCCUGGAUUUAUUGUUUUCGCAUUUUAGGAUCUUGAGUUGAUCCAGAAAAUUUAUACAUUCCACAUAAUAAACAUUUCUUUUUCAAACAGAUCUACAUACGUGAGACUUGAAGUAUCGAGAUUCUUCAAUGAAAAUAUUUUCACAAUGUGUUUCUCGUGUAUUAUUGAUACAUUAUGAAACGGAACUUCGAUCAAAUAACUGUAAUUGUUAAUACGUGGUAACAAUGGACUUGUACGGAAAGGAUAAGGGCAACGUCAGCUUGCCUCCACGUUUACAACCACCUGAUUUCAAUGAAGCUGCGCUCGAAGAGAUCAUUGUUAAUACGCAAAAGGCUUUCUAUAAUUUAAAAAUUGCAGAAACGAAUAAGAAAAUACAAAGGUUAGAAGAAAGGAAUAAGGAAUUGGAGGAUUGUUUAAAAGAUACGGAUAAUUCUAUUAAAGUCUUCCAAGAGAAAAAAUCUCAAGAGAUAUCUGGCUUAAAAUUACAAGUAGCUGCUCAAGUAGCCAGAGUGGAAGAAUAUAAAAAGCAAGUGAAUGCUUUGGAAAGCAUGAGGAUAGAACAUAAUCAUGCUUUAAAAUUGAUAACCAUUAAUAAAAGAUAUGAUAAUACGCGACUCAAGCUUAUUUCACAACUCAAACUCUUAAGUGAGUAUGCUAAAACUAACGCUUUGGAAGAUUAUAAAUCGGUACAAAAAACUCUGGAAGAGAAAUUUAAUACGCAAAAUGAAGUCUUAAUACAUGAAAAGGAACAUAUGUCAGAAAAAUUACGUCAGAUUGAACGAAAAUUCAAGACAGACAAGGAAAAACUCAGCGAAACAUUAUACAAUCAUCUCCUGGAUUUGGCUGGUGUAUUUCAACUUGAAGUAGCUCGACAUAUGCCAUAUUCCAUGUCUAAAUUGCUGUCAGAAAAUAUAGCUGUAAGCAAUAUGUUAUCUGCAAUGACAGAAAGUGCAGGCCUUAAAAAACAGAACUAUAUCGAACGCAAGAAUGCUGCAAAAAGAUAUAUGAAAAAAAGCAAUGACGUACAUUUGAAUACGAAACGAUUGUUACUAGUUACAAAACUGGAAAAACUCAUAAAUCCAAAAUUGUGUGAAAUUCGCGAUACAGCGAAAACUAAUUUAUCCAAGAUAAGCAAAUUUGAUUAUCUCAAAGAAGACCAAUAUGUAGUGAACAUAGACAAUGCGAGAAACAGAGCGCGACAAUGCGAGACGCGCGUUAAACACUUAGAAAUAUUGCUGUAUUGUGAGAAAGAGAAACUUACUAUUGCUGAACACAAAAAACAACAAUUAAUUAAGCAAUUACAAACACACACAGAGAUGUUCCAUGAUGUUCAAUAUGCAUUAAAGAAUCUAAAUUUGCAAAAAAAAUAUAAGUAAUCAAAGCUAAUUAAACA